CAACUCUGCAACAGGAGUCACUGCCAGCUGUGGGACCUAUUGUCAAGUCAAAUUCUAGACUUUGAUUUGGAUGAAGAAAAGGCCACAAUGGGGGGAUUGGCUAGUACAGAAAAGCAGACUGAACCUUCUGCUUGUAACUUGCUCACUGUGAAAGUCAUAAGAAUGAAAAAUGCACGGAAGGCAGACCUGAUGACUCAGUCUGAUUGCUAUGUGACCCUCUACCUUCCAACUGCUUCAGUCCAUAAGGUCCGAACCAAAACUGUUAACAACACCAAAGACCCAUUGUGGAAUGAAACCUUCCACUUCAGGAUUCAGAAUCAGGUCAAGAACAUUCUAGAGCUAAAGGUCUGCGAUGAAGACAGUUUAACUCAAGAUGACCAUCUCCUCACUGUUUUCUUUGAUGUGUCUAAAAUCCAACUUGGAGAAACAGUUCGGCUGAACUUUCAGCUGAAUCCCAAGGGAAAGGAGGAGCUAGAGGUUGAGUUUACAAAGGAAAGCAGCCCUGAUCUUCCUGAAAACAUCGCUACGAAUGGUGUAUUAGUGGCUCGGGAAGUUUCCUGCUUGGAGGCUCAGGUCAAUGGGGGAAGAGUGAGAAAGGAUUCUACAGAUAGAAAAUUUGCAUUUGUGCUGGAAGGAUCAUAUGAAGGAGCCCAGAACCUUUCACUGAACUCUUGGCUUUUCCCUGCUGCUCCUGCAAGAUUCCACUAUAUAAAGUAUAACGACUCAGACUUAAAUGUUACAAUACCACAGAGGCGGCAGCUCAGCAGGUCAUCAUCAUAUCAAGGGGAAAGGAACGAAAAUGAGUUUCUGACCCUACCCCUGAAUUCACUUCCCAUACAAGAAAAAGUAACAAUAGGAGAGAACAGAACAUUUGACCUGCACGUGAAGGCAAAUGAAUGGACUGAGGGUCUGUGUAGGAGACCAAAAAAUUUAGAUGUGCGUCUGGGGUUUGACCUGUGCCCAGAGGAGCUGAAUUUCCUGAAAAAUCGGAAGCAGGUGGUUGCUGCUGGUAUAAAGAAGGUUCUUCAUCUAGAUGAGGAUCUGCAGGAUCAUGAGAUACCAGUGGUGGCUGUGACAACCACUGGGGUUGGCAUAAGAGCUUUGACGGGCAUGUAUGGCAGCAUCUGGGGUCUUCAGAAGCUGAAUCUUCUGGACUGUAUUUCUUACAUCACUGGCUCAUCUGGCACAACAUGGACUAUGACCAAAUUAUAUGAGGAAGCUGACUGGUCACAGAAGGAUCUAGGGGAGAUUAUCAAUGAAGCCCGGAAGCAAGCAACCAAAUGCAAAAAGAAUGCUUUUUCCUUGCAAAAUCUGAAGAAUUAUUACAGGGAGCUGAGUGAACGGACAGCAGCAGGACAUAAAACAUCUUUUAUCGAUCUGUGGGGACUGAUGAUUGAAGCCAUGUUACAGGAUGGGAAAGACCACCAUAGACUCUCAGAUCAGAGAAAGGCAGUGAAUCUUGGUCAGAACCCACUACCCAUCUACCUGGCACUCAACGUGAAGGACAAAAUCACCACUAAAGAAUUUAGAGAAUGGGUGGAGUUCACUCCUUAUGAGGUGGGAUUCCUGAAAUAUGGAGCCUUCAUUCGUGCUGAGGAUUUUGGAAGUGAGUUUUACAUGGGCCGCCUGAUGAAGAAGAUCCCAGAAUCUCGGAUUUGCUUCAUGCAAGGAAUGUGGAGUAGUAUAUUUUCUAAGAAUCUGCUGGAUGCCUGGCAUGCAGCUGACAAUUCAGAGGACUUUUGGCACAGAUGGACCCAAGCUACAGUGACUGAAAUUGAGGAGGAACCUAAUCUACCUGAGAGGCCACAUGAGAUAGCUACUCGCAUGUUCACUCCUGCAAGUGGCCUUUCCAACGCUCUUCGAGAUGUUUUGACAGACCGCCCAGCAGUAUCAAAGUAUCACAAUUUCCUAAGGGGUUUUCAGAUGCACAAUGAAUAUACACAGAAUGAACACUUUUCUAGAUGGAAAGAUACUCAGCUAGAUAGUUCUCCUAAUCAACUGAGAGAGACUGCAGAGCACCUGGAGAUGGCAGAUACUGCAUUUUUCUAUGAUACCAGUUGCCCACCACUUAUGAAGCCAGAGAGGAAAGUGGAUGUUAUCUUGCAUUUAAACUACAGUGGAGGAUCACAGGCAUUGCCUUUGGAACAUGCCUCUAGGUAUUUCUCAGAGCAGGGAAUCCCAUUUCCUAAAACUGUGCUGAAUGAGGAAGAAAAGACUAAUCUAAAGGAGUGUUACAUUUUUGAAGAUGCAGCGACCCCAGGAGCUCCUAUUGUGCUUUAUUUCCCUCUUGUGAAUGACAGCUUUCAAAGAUUCAUAGCCCCUGGUGUACCACGCAGUGCAUCAGAAAUGGAAAUGGGCAAAGUUGAUGUCUCUGGUUUCCUUUCCCCAUACUCUACAAGGGAGGUCACACUGAAAGCAGAGGAUUUCAACAAGCUUCUGAAACUGACUAAUUACAACAUCCUGAAUAAUGAAAACUUGAUUCUUCAGGCCUUGCGCGCAGCAGUGGCACGCAAGAGACAAACUCAGAGCCAGUUACCAUCUGCAGAACAAUUAUCAUCCUAAAAACUUUUUCUGUAGUUUGUGUCAUUCUUCAAGAUGUGAUAUGACUUCAGUUGUAUGAAUUAGCCAGUGUUAUACGUGGUACAUGAGAAGCUUUUUACCAGCUAACUCCGAUUAAACAGCCAUCUCAGUAGAUGAAGUGCAGUUAUUCAUUGUCUAAGCCAUUUGCUUUAAACUUAAGUGCAAUUCAUAGUUUUUAAGAAAUACUAUACAAAUACACAUACAUUUGGAAGCCACCAGUGAAAAUGACAGUGCAGUGUUUAAACUGUCAUUUAAAACCCAGUAAACCUAUUUAGAUUUUAAGGAGAAUGGCUGCUCUGUAAUUGUGUAGUUUCUGGAGCAAAUAGUUUUACCAGUCAUAGAUUAAUUAUGUAGCUGGCAAUAUUUCUCUACUGUAAGCAAUAUAAAAGUUUCAGGUGUAUGUAUAGGGCAAUUAGACUAACUACUUCAGUGGUUCCCAAACUCUGACAGAUUGUGCACCACCAAUUUAAAACAAUACAACCUUAAGUACCACAAGCAAUUUUUUCAGUUUAACAUAAGUACUACCAGAAAAUUUGUGUCAUAUAAAGUAAUUAUAAUAAAGCUGAUAAUGCGUACCACUGGCAGUCUGUCUGCAUACCAUUGGUGGUCUCCAUACCACAGACUGGGAACCGCUGAGCUACUCCGUUAAGGUCUCUGACUUCCGGCAUUUGUUCUCUUUGUGGUGGUUAGUAUCGUUUCACCAGUAGAAUCUCCUGUUGUUUUAUUGGCAUCCAUGUUAAAAAAAAAUUGUGAAAUCUUCUUUCUUCUUGAUUGAGAAUGACAAUACCCACAAUUCAGGUCUUUUAAUUUGGUAUUCUUCUUCGUAUCAUGUAAAUUAAAGAACCCCCACUUCUUAAAAUAUGCUAUAUGUUUUCUUUCAUCAACUUUUAUUGCAUAAUACAGCAUAUUGAUUUCAAUAAGAAAAUUUACUUUCCUCACAGUUUCAUUUUUGUGGCAGCAUUGUCCUUCAUCUGUUGUCUUUACAAAAGUAUUGGCUGAUACUGGCACUUAAGUGUUUAAUGACACUGUGUUUAUCAGUUCAAUGAGGCUUAUUAUAUUGGAGGAAACUAAUUAGCCACACCCAGUCACUUUGUCCUAUUUUAAUGAGUGUGGGCUGCACUUAUUACCUUCCCUUCAAGUAUAAUAGUAGACCAAUCCCUCCUAGGACUUUUUUAGUUCAACAAAUGAGGAAGGAAUCUUAUGGAAAUAAAUAGCAUGUCAUCCUGUGUGUGUCAAGAUUGUAUUGUAAGGUAUUUAAUAAGAGGGGAAAGGAGUAAAAUACUAAUAUAUUGAGCCUUGUAUUAGGGAUUACUUGCUAUUCAAUCAUCCACUAGUAAACACAAUUGCUAGGUAUGUUGGUAUAGAAAUUAUAGUGCAACAAUUAUCCUGUGUGCCACUAAACAACUGCUGUUCCAGUGCACUGACACACAGUAUGUACCAUGGAGUGGCUGAGGGAACUUCUGUAAAAUGCAACCAAUGCCAAUAAGUUUGCAUAAGACUGCCACAACAAUGUGUUAUAAACAGCAAUUCAAACUAUGUUCCAAUUAAUGAGGAACAGGUGAGAGAAUACAGUUCCUGAGACAGCUAUCCGUGAAGUACUGGGUUGCACAUGUGUAAUUGUACGACUGAAAACUUACCAUGCUUAAAAAUCAAGGCAGAUAUAAGGGAUGCAAAUAAAUAGGUGGUGUACAUGAGAAGAUUUUUCUGCCUCUGUUAAUAAUUGUGCGUUAUCCAGAAGUGACAAAAGUGCUUCACAAAAACAGACACACAAUCACCAAACACCACAUACAAGAAUAUGAAUACCUGACAAACUAAAGAGAUAAUUGUAUUCAAGUGUAACCCCUCUGGGCAUAGGGUGUGGGUGCAUGGCUGUGGUGACUCAGUGUCCCCAACUCUACCUUGGUUUAACAUGAGGGUACAAACAGGUCUGAUUUACUUACACCCAUAGGCAUUAGAACACAGUAGGCGCAUCUACACGAGACGCUAUGGCACAGUAGCAACGAGCUACUGCACUGUAGCUCAUUGCUAUGGAGCAGUAGUGCUGCGGGCCAUGA